AUGAAAGACAAUCCGGAAUUCAAUGUUCAAUUUGUUUCGAUUAUUGAGAAAUAUCCUCUGAGCUAUGAUUAUAAUUCCAACCAAUAUUCCAACAGGAAUUUGCAAGACAAAGCAUGGGAAAAGAUCAGUAAAGAAUUAAACGAAUCAGUAUUUACUGAUUGUUCUAAAGAGCUUCAUAAUGUUUCUUUCUUUUCAGUUCACGAUUAUAAGGAACGCUGGAAGAACUUAAAAGGUUCUUAUACUCGACAUCUUAAGUAUAUAAAUACACCUUUAGGUUCUGCCGCAAAAAAGAAAAAGCCGUACUAUCUUGCCGAACAUAUGACUUUCUUAACGCCCUUUACCAAAUCUGAAUAUGAAGAAGGGCUAGAAAAUGAAGCUUUUUCACCGAUCUCACCGAGGCUCUCGUCAUAUACUCCUGAUUCUGCUGCUCCUGCAAGUGAGGUGACACGUACGUCUAAAUCCUCUAAAGUAUUUAAAAAAAGUCGCUUGAGUUUCAAUAAAUCUGGGCCAACACUUGACGAUGUAAAAAAAUCAGCAUUUCAGUAUUUUGAGAGCAAGAAAGCAUUGAAUCAGAUCACUUCUGACAUAAAGAAAAUGAACGAUAAUCAAAAACGGCGUUACAAAAUAGAGAUGUUAACAAGUGCCGGAAAUAUUUUGAACGAAAAAGUUGAAUCCACAUCAUCGCCCGAUAAUGUAUACAAUACAGGAGGAACAAGUAGAUUCAUCACAUCACCGCCCGAUAAUCCACAAAAUACAUCAGGAGGAACAAGUGAAUGCAUAUCACCGCCAGAUAAUGUACAAAAUACAGAAGGAACAAAUGGGUUCAAAUUACCGCUCGAUAAUGACCGGACUGCGGGAGGACUGGUGGACAUGGAUCGCUAUUUUGAGAGCAAGAAAGCAUUGAAUCAGAUCACUUCUGGUAAACAACAGAAGGUUGAAAAUCCCGAUGUCUUAUUUUUAUUCAGUCUUUUGGCAGACAUAAAGAAAAUGAACGAUAAUCAAAAACGGCGUUACAAAAUAGAGAUGUUAACAAGUGCCGGAAAUAUUUUGAACGAAAAAGUUGAAUCCACAUCAUCGCCCGAUAAUGUAUACAAUACAGAAGGAACAAGUAGAUUCAUCACAUAGAUAAUUUAUAUAAAUUG